AUGUCGGAUGAUUGGUUUUCUUCCAAGCUUGCCCCUGAACAGGAAAACCAUCCUGAAGAAAAGAUCACCGCAACCGAAGCAGCUCAGACUAUCACGCAGCCCGUGGUGACUUCAGAGUUUCCGACAAAAGACCUUGCCCGCCUUCAUGUUCUCUUGCUUGAUGCUCUUGUAGAACUACCAGACCACACUGAGCCGUUACUGGCACUGCUUCAAGCUAUCGAGAACCUUCCAGAACCCGACUUCACGGCUGUUCAGCCAGAUAAGCGACCUCAUGAGAAGUUUUGGAAAGGUCUACCAAACUUCGCCAAUCAAUGGUAUGACAUCAGUUAUCGAUCCGGAAGCUGGAAAAUGGAUGCCGAGGAGACCAGUGGCCCAAAGCGUGACGCACUACGGAACGAGCAUAUAAGAAGAGCUGAGGUCGAGGCACGGUUAGCCAUCGCAGAUAUUGCAGGUAUUCCAACUGAUUGGGGAUAUGAAGUCAUUGAUAGCGCUCUGGGAAGAGACCUGCUGCUGGAUUUCGAGCUUCCGGCUGCGGCAGAGUGGCUUGCAAUUUGUGGCAAGCGGUUCCGACAGGGCGCAGAAGAAGGCGAGGAAACUUACGCAUUACAAGUGCAGUCUGAAGUUGUUCAGCGAGCGGCGACGAAGGCACUUAAUGCUAUCCAUGAAGCAAAUAGAGAGAAAUUAUAA